AUGUCUUCUGCAUUUCUUCAAGUUUCAGCUAAACGUCAGAGGGAACUUGUAGCCAACUACAAUACUGUACUUGAACAAGUCCAAUCUUUAGCCAAGAAGCAUUCUAAUGUUCCUGUCAGACUUGUAGCUGUUUCAAAAUUGAAGCCUUCAGGUGAUAUCAUGGCAUUGUACAAUGCCGGUGUGCGUCAUUUCGGAGAAAAUUAUGUCCAAGAAUUAAUUGGCAAAUCCAAGGAGCUUCCAAAAGACAUUAAAUGGCAUUUCAUUGGAGGUAUGCAAUCAGGAAAAGCCAAGGAUUUGGCGAAAGGUGUAGAAAGUUUAUUUGCAGUUGAAACAAUAGACGCUUUGAAGAAAUGUAAGCAACUCGACAACACGAGAUCCAGACUCGAUGGUGCACCUAUAGAGGUGUACUUGCAAAUUAAUACUUCUGAAGAAGAUCAAAAGUCAGGCUAUUCAUUAUCUAACUUAACUGAGUUAUACGAAACUAUUGAUUACAUUUUAUCUGACGAGUGUAAGAAGUUGAAACUCGGCGGUCUCAUGACAAUUGGAUCGUUUGCAGAAUCCCAUACAGAUGGAGAAGAAAACGAAGAUUUCUCAAAGUUGGUGAACUUGAAGAAAAUUGUAGAUGAAAAGUACAAAUUAAACUUGCAGCUCAGCAUGGGUAUGUCGUCCGAUUUCGAGCAAGCUAUCAAACAGGGUAGUACCAGUGUUAGGGUUGGAACGUCUAUCUUUGGCGCCAGGCCACCAAGAAUUUAA